AUGCCUGAAGUCCUACAACACACCAGCCAGGAUGUACGCGAUCUCGAACUCCUGGACAGUGUCACUGGUUCUGCCGCAGCUUGUGCAAACAUCUCAAGAAAGCUAGAUGUAACCAGUCGAACCACAGCUGCCUGCUUGAGUGGCCCUCUGAGCCUCAUCGUCUCCGGAUUCAAUGCAAUGAGCCGCUCCUACAUAAGUUUGAAAAGCUUGCUUCAGCGUCGUGAGCCAGUCUGGAGCCAGAACGUUUUGCUCUCGAUUAAAUUCACGCAAGAGCGCUGUCAAAAGAUCGCUGCCGAGCUAUCAACCAUCCUCGGACAUUACGAUGAAUGGGACAUUGUGGCUGCAGAUGGUUCCUGUAGUCAUCUCAACAUGCUAUCGAAAAACCUGAAGGUGCUCGAGGGACAUCUCGACUUGCUUUCCGAAGCUCUCGAACUUGUGCCAGUGCUUCUCAGAAAGCCAGCCGAACAUGAAUCUCCUGACUCUAUCAUCAUACCUGACUGUCCAGAAGAAAGUUGGGACGAGGAAUUCCCAGCAGCCGAAUGGACGAAUUAUGAGGCUGCACAAGAACGUUACAGAAUCGCGGUUUACGCAGCACAAGAGAUGGGAAAAUGGUCUGCAAACUACGCAAGCUCUCUCGACACCGCACAAGAAACCCUUCUGUCGAUGAAGGAGCGUUCGAAGGAGUUGCUGGACUACCACGUAUCCCGUGAAUCGUUUCGAGGACAAAGUUUUCCUUCAUCAGUCUUGGAAGAGCUUCCGGACAUGGACGAUGAUACGUCGACUCAAUCAACCAUGGGCAUCAUGACCCCCACUGAAGAUUGGAGCGACCUGGGUAGCGAUACCACAGAGAGAGGUCGCGCACCCGCAAUCACCAGGCACAGCUUGCAGCGUUGCGGAUAUGCCACAGCCAGCUUCCUGAGACUGGCGGAGCAAAUCGAGUCCAGCUACAAUUACCGAUCGAUUAGUACCCCUGUUGACACUGAUGGCCUUGAACGCUCAUGCAAAGCGUUCAGCAAGCUGGCCAUCCACCUUACUGACAUUCUGCGUGCACCGAUGCCCUCUCGAGAACGUCACGCAAAUGAUUUGUUUGUCAAGAGAGAAGUCCUUUUUCCAGAUUACCAUUUUUGCAUCAGACAGUCAAGAGAGUUCUUGGCAUUGAACAACGAAAUCGAGCAGAGUUUCGGCCAUUUACCUGCAUCGAGCCCUGUGGACUUAGCCGAUAUUCAAGCUAUUCACGAAGCAUACGAAGGUCUCGUCGUCCAUUUUAUCCAGAGACUGAAUGUGCCGUGCCAGAAUGACUAUCCCACUUCUGUUCCUGUUCCGGUUGCGGGUACAACUCCAGCAUCACAUUCAGCUCCGGAGGUCUCAAUGCCAUUCAUGCCAGAAGAACAGAAAGAGGAAGUCCACAUCGACAAAGCUCUCGAAAUGCUUAUCAACAGUAUGGAGACCACACCAAUCGAGAGAGACAUCAUGAAGCUCGUGUUCCACUGGACCGUCCUGGAUGACUGCAACGGCUUCAAACGUGCAGAUGUGAUGAAGCUCAACUAG